AUGGAGAAGGAAGCUCCUCCUCUGUCAGAAGAAUUCCCCGAAGGCAGCAAAGUCUUUUUCCUCGGCGAGCAUGCCUAUGGAGUUGCUGCUCAAAUCACGGGCACCACACAAGACUCGCUGUCCGUUGUUUUGGCGUUUUUCCCGUCGGACAAGGCGGAGAAUGAAGAGUUCAAGUCUGUUGUGCGGAAUCGCAUGUCAGAGAGAUACUAUCCCUCGUUCAACGUUGCUGAAAUCGUUGGGGCCUCUUCCAAGGCGAUUGCCAAGAUCACAUCUAGCUUUAUGGUCAUCACGUCGGAUGGUCAAAAGGUCAACUUGGGACUCAGUCUUAAGUUCGAGGCCAAGGGUAUGAAGGUCAUCGACUACUCCCGCAAGAAUGGACGAUUUUGGGAGUUCAGUGAGAAAGCUGUACAACUCAUCCGCGACUACAAGGCGAAGGCUCCAGAAGUCUUCAGGGCUGUUGAGAGAUCUGGCGAUGCCAUGACAAAGGCGUACGAUGUCUUCUCAGGUGAGGACAGUGAUAAGAAAGUGAAGGACCUCCGUACCUGGCUGGCAACCAAAGGCGUCCGUGACUUUGAGCCAGUAUCCCUCUUCUGUGACCAACUGAAGAAGGAAACCGUGAAAGAGAUUGAGGGCCUGCAGGCAAAAUUCACUGAAGGCAGGUCACCGUCUGCAAUCAAGAAAGCCAUUGUGAAAGGCAUCCCGCGGCAAGCUGUUCUCAAGCCAUCACACGCUGUCUAUCGGCUGCAGAAUCAAAGGUUUGGUCUGGGAGAUAGAGUCACUAUGGUACGAGACUCCGGUAGUGUGCCCUUAUCCGCAAAGGGAGUCGUUAUUGCCCUGAACGCCAAGUCCAUGGACGUGGUGUGGGAUGUGCCCUUUAUGGCUGGGACUACGCUGGGUGGACGCUGCUCGCCUUACCGUGGAUCGACUGUAGAGUUCAACACUUGCUUGAAUCUCACCGAUCCCCAGUACGUCGCAUCGACAAAGCCACGAGGGCCACCGCCGCAUCAGCCGCAGGUUCCAUUCAAACCGCGCUUUGGCCCGUAUCCCGCUGUCCGACCACCGCCGGGGCAAGCACCUGUCGGUGGUUUCCACCCAGCACCUGCGGGAGCAAGCCGAGGAUCGUCUGUACAAAUCCUGGCCAAUCCCAACAGAGGUCGCGGGGCGUACGUCAAUGGGCGGGGUACGCAUACUAACGGCCGUGGAGCUCCACCUCAUGCAGCGAAUGGAGCUCAUGUGGUACCUGCGCAAGCACGGCCCGCCAUGGCAGGUUCACCACCAGUUUCCGUGAACGGUGUCAAUGGCGAGGCAAACCACCUUCCGCCAGUGGCUUCCAGGGGCGGCUUCGUCCCACCUCACCCGAGGGGUUUCGCUCCAAGAGGAGGAAGAGGUUUCAGUCCUAAUUUCCGUGGCCGUGGAGGUAUGCCGCCCGUGAUUGACCGAGGCAGGGGUGGUCCAUUCCGAGGGCCAAGAGGCAGAGGGCGAGGAGCACCGCCGGUGGCCUCAUAA